UUUUCCCUAGUUACGCCUCUGGUCUCCACACACCCCAGGCCCCCAAGGAUUUAAGUCUGAUAAUUCAGACAUAAGUGUCAUGUUCAAAAUAACAGAUACAUGAAACACCCUACCACAAAUAUUUAAUCUGGUGCUUAUUUUUAAACUGUGGAUACAUGAAACCACACAUGGAAAUCACACUUAAUGGGGCUGGAUUACCUGUAUUUACCAUGUCAGGCAGCCUGUUUCUCAGGAUUAUUGAUCCUGAUACCAGCAGCCAACUGGAAAUGGGUGCUUUGAAAAGAAGCAUUAACCACAUGGAACUAGUAAAGUAAAGCAGCAUCACAAUAACAUUACCAUAUUCCAAAGGGAAUAUGGUUUUGAUAAGGAAUCACUAGAACCAUAUUCCAUAGAACAAAUCAUUAGAACCACAACACCCAUUUACCCUCAGACUAUUUGCCUUCUCCAGGCCAAAGUAGGUAAAUUGUACUUAAUCGUGGCGCAGCUCUAGCCGCCUUGCUUCUGUCCCAAGAUGACAAACUCAAAUACUUGUUUUUGCAUUCAGCAGCUGAGCAAAAGGUAGGUGAUACCUAACUUCUGCUUCAAUACAGAAUCAGUUGUAGGGGGUGGGGUGGGGGACAGAAAGAUAUGCCCUGCUUGUGAGCUUCCCAGAAGGGUCUUCCUGGACAUUGCCAGAAACUCUUGCGAACAGCAUGUUGGAUUAGAUAGGCCUUUGGUCUGAUCCACAGUUUUUAUGCUUGAAAUCCUUUUGUAGUUGCAAUUGAAAAAUGGUUUGGAUUAGAUGUGUCCAUUGCCUCACCCACUCCAUUACAGGAACAAAUGCUGCCAUCCAUUUGCUCACAGCAGUGAUGUAGGCUUGUGAGGAUUCCUUGCUGAGAUCCAGUCUUUUUUCUUAAUUAUUUUUGCAAAUAAGACAUUCCUCUCCUGGACUGUCUCCAUAUUGCUUGGAUGUUCAUAAUUCAUUAACUUCAGGAUAUGAUGUGUGUGCUGUCACUGUUCUUGCAGGAUGCACUGAAUUCUUCCCAUGUUGAUGUUUCCACACUCCCUUGAACCUGCCUACAGUGUGCCCAGGAGGAGCUGCCAACUCAAGUGCCACCCAAAGUUCCUCCUCUCCCCACUCCCACCAUCGAGGGAAAAGCCUUACUCUCCAUUUCAUUUCCUAGAAGGAGGGUAGGACUACCCCCACCCCUGCUUUUUUUUUUUUUUUUAAAGCAAGCACCUCUCCAGCAGUCACUGUGACAUUCAUUAUUGUGCUAGCUGGGCUACAGCAAAGAUGAGCUGGAAACAAGUGCUCUUUCUUUCUUGCCUCAUGACUUUUGCGCUCCUGAUUGUUCUUGAGGGAGGCAACACCGCGGCUGUGAAUUCCAAGCAAGCAGCAGCUGGAGAGCUGAGCAAGGAAAGUUUGAAAAAGAGAGUCUUCAUGCAGGAAUCGGAUGCCUCUAACUUUUUCAAGAAGCGAAGCAAAAGAUUCACCAAAUCCAGAGAUGAGUUAAAUGCAGAGAACCGCCAGAUGCUGGCUGCUGAUGAACAAAGGAGAGAGUACUAUGAGGAGCAGAGGAAUGAGUUUGAGAACUUUGUUGAGGAAGAGCGUGAUGAGCAAGACGAGAGAAGCCGAGAACAAAUAGAGCAGUGGCGUGAGUACCAUUAUGAUGGCCUCUACCCAUCGUAUCAAUAUAAUCGUCAUAUUGUCUAGAGCAAACAGGAAGAAUGGACUGCACUAAACAAUACAACUAAAUAUCUGAUGAGCAUGCUGUUGAUAGAAUUUUCACCAAGGCGAGAUUUUUAUAGUUAUGAUCACAUUAUCGAUGCCUCCCUGUCGAACCUGCCUUUUCAACCCUUCUCCUAUUAGCAUUGACUUUGUUCACAGACUGCUGUUUUGCUUUGUAUUUUGAAGUGCUUCUGUGUAAACCUGGAUCUUGAUGCAUAAGGCAAAUGCAGCACCAGUUCCUGUAAUUUAGUACUGGAUCUUUCAGAACUGUAUAUCUGAGCAAAUGGGGAAGCAUUAUUCGAAAAUAAUCACUAUAUUUUAAGAGGGCCACUAAAAAAGCCAGCUUAUGCUGUAUGUAGAGUCUCUCAAAUGAUUAUUAUUUUUUUUAAUGUAGGGCAAAGACUAUUGUCCCCAGCACUGUAUUUGUCCAUUAAAAAUAUUUUAGCUUCUUGCAAAUUCUUUCCUUAGUUAAAAGAUGUUACCGAUUAAUGAUCCCUUUAAAUAUGCAUAAAUUAGCAAACUAGGUCAUUUACAAAUAAGACAAAAUUAAAACAUCUAUAGUGUUUCAUUGUAAGCUGCUUUGGGUUACAACUGCAAAAAAGGGGUAAUUUAAUUAGGUUAGAAUUAGCUUUAAAAGUUAUUCUCUGGCAGCAAUAAAGUCCUGGGACAGGUAGAACAGGAGUAGCAAACUGCUGCUGGCCCACAGGCUGGCUCUGGCAUGGAGCUCCAUUUUUUCUAAAAUCCCCAAGCACUGCAGCUGAGUAUAAACUUGUCCACCGGUGUUUUCUUCUCUGCAGGCUGUGGCCUGGUGAAGUGGGGGUAUUGCUCCCUGCUUGCCGCAGCUGGCUCAUUCAUUCUUUUCUUCCUGCUGCCACCAGUAUCUCUCCCCGCAAAUCCUGUGCUUGGAAGGAAACACUUCCUUCCUGCCACAUGCCUUCCCUAUGCACUCUUGUGGCACUUCAGCACAUGGAGUAUAGAGACAGGAAGGCUGAGUGGAGGGCAAGGGAGGGAGAGAGAAAGAGAGAGGGGGAAGAGAGGGAGGAAGAGAGUGGGAAAGAAGAAGAAGAUGGAGGAGGAGGAGGAGGAAGACCGAAGGUGGUGAGAGGAUGGCAAGGGAGAGAGGGAGGUUGAGCUCCCUUUAAGUUAAAUGCUCAUUCAACAACACUUCUGUCUAUGAAGAGCUUUGUCUUAACACACACAUUGGGACACACACGUAGUGAUUUAAUUAAACAAAAAACAAAAAAAAACUGUUCCCUGCACCCAGAGUGUAUAUUUUUGUCACCUUCUCUAAAUUAGAUUGGGAUGUUGCCUGAAAUCCAAACUUCAGAAAAACUUCACAGGAACACAUUUUUGGAACACAGACCAAACAUACUGCUACUAUUCUAGCAGGUGGUACAAGAGACCCUCCAAGAUCGUGGGUUCAUUUCCCAUGGGCAACCUCUCCGUGUAUACCAAUACAGUUAUUGUGGGGGUACUUAGGAAAACUCCUUUAACUACCCCUAACUAUAUUGGCAUACAGUACUGUACCUUUCAGCCUAUUUAAACCUCCCUGAACAGUCCAGGUGUCAGCUGAGACGUGGGCAUCCUGCUUGGCGUCUGUGUUAAAAGUUUAAAUAUUAAACCCCACAUGACAGCUGAGAAGAGACAAGAGUGGAUUUUACACUCCAAAUAUAGGAUUACUUGAACUCCAUGCUUUUAAUAAAUAAAUAAAAUAAAAAUUGAAAUUCUGCAUCAAGAAAAGUUGCAAUUGGUGACCGGUUAAAUGUAUGCACAUUAAGCAAAUCUGCAUAGGCUUAUUUAAUGUGCACAAUUCUCCUUCUGCUAGUCUUGGGGAAGGGCAGCGAACGAGGCGAGGCACAGAAACUCCUUCUCUGGCUGUGGAACUCUUAAGCUCACCUCUAACUUCGCAGAUUUCAUCAGACCCUUAUUUAUUUUAAAAGUCUGUAUUUGCAGCCAUAAGGACUGGAAAACAGUUUUAAACAAUAACUACAGCAAAGAACCUUUAGAUACUGAAUUCAGCAGCAAACACCAUCUUCUGUGGCUUUUUACAUACACAGGCCUGCCUAAAGAAAUACAUUGUGACCUUGCUGAAUGUGCUAGGGCUUUUGAUCAGGGUUCCCUCCUAAACCAGAACCAAAACAGCACCAUCAUUUUGAACUAUUUCAAGUAAGCGUACACAGUGGCAUUUCAUUUAUUUCUGAGGGAAGCCUUUGAUAAAACAACCUUCUUUAGUGGAACUUCUGACAAAAAUAAUAGAUAGAUCCACCAACAGGAGUAGUUUAACAUAGUCUUGCCAGGCAUCCUGUCAACACAAGUCAAGAACAGUCGCACCAGCCAAAAAUGCAAAAUGGAGAGCUAUAGAAGUGCAUGGAAACAGAAACAUCUAUGAUGAAAACAAUUUCCAUUAUGAAUGCUUUAGUGGAAGCAUUCAUGAAUCCUAAACUGGAACAUUAUCAAGGUUCCAGCUCAAUUAGAAAUCAAAGCUGUUAGGCUGUGGUUUCACACACUAUUGCUUUCUUAAAGAAGAAAGAAAAACUGCAGGUACUUUUAGAUGCUUUCAAAGCAUGUACCACAUUUUCAUGAGUUUUUUAUUUAAUAGCUAACAAGAAGGCAAAAAAUAUGGAAAUUAAUAUGGAUAGCCCUCUAAGCAAUGAAGAUAAAUGCAAAGAACACAGUAAAGUAUCUAGUAAAUAAAUGUUUGAUUAGACAGGCUGUAAUUGAAAGCUCAGAAUUCAUCCUUGCACACGAUAUGGGAGCCUGGCAGUUUGCGUCUAGAAAACAACUCAUUUCUUACCUAGAGAUUCCAUUAUGCAGCUGGCCUGCUGUUUCUUCCAAUGAGAAAACAACGCAGCCUCUUAUAAAACACAUAUUUAAGAUGCUGCGUUGAAUUCCAGACAUGUUUAUCUUAAUGGUUUGACUGAAAUGCCAAGCCAGAAACUUCAACACCUUUUAUAUUAUCCAUGAAUGGAGUACUCCAAAGCUCUUUCAUUGUCCCUGUAGCUUCCCCCACACCGCCAUGCUUGAGCUCUCCACCCACAGUUCUGGGAGGACACUUUGUUUCUCAAGACCACCUCAUACCACCCUCUAAUCUCACAGGAACAACCAGAAGAGGAAACUGUAGCAAGGAAAGUGAGGGAUGGGAAUCCAUUAGCUUGUACUGCAUAUAUGGAGACACUGCCGCAUGACUAGUCUGGCUGUAGAGUUAGUUUAAGUCACCUCUGCUCUGCUCCCCUCCCCCUCCCCUGCAACUUGGGGGACUAAAUUAGCAGGCUUUUCAAAUUCUGCACAAGUGUUUAUUUAUUUACAGUUCUAUACGGUCUGAUAUAUGUAUCUCUAGGUGGUGUACAGAGUUAGAAAACACAACAAAUAUAAAAACAGCAAAAAUUCACAAAGCAAAAGCAAUCUCUCAAGAUAAAAACAAAUCAAGUAGUUUAAGAUUUCCAGCUUAAAGCCGGAGACCUUGAGAGUCUUUCUAAAAGCAGACAGAGAAGGAAGGGCUCUUAUUUCAAAAGGGAGCAUGUUCCAAAGCCCCAGGGCAGCCCCAGAGAAGGCCUGGUUCUAAGUCACCACAAAACAAGCUGACGGUAACCAGACCUCUCCAGAUGACUUUAAUUGGUAACAGUGUUCAUGACCAAAAAAAGAGGCACUCUUGAGAACCCUAGACCCAAGUUGUUGAGGGCUUUAUAGGUAAUGACCAGCACUUUCAGUCAGUCAGUCUUUAUUUCAGUCUUUGACCAAUACCAGAACACCUAGACCAAUUGAAGUGUAUAUUGGUUCUAACCAUUAGUGAGCAGAAUACACAGCAGAAUUGUGCAAGCGUGUGUGUAAUUGACGAAUUAGUGUCUAUUAGCAAGACCAAAACUUUGUAUUUUGCUCAGAAACAUAGCAGCAGCCAAUGCAUUUCUUUCAAAAAUUGAUGUCAUAUGGUCCCUUCAGGUUGUCCCAGAGACCAGUCUGGCUGCCACAUUCUGUACCAGUUGUAGUUUCCAGACUACAUACACAGGCAGCCCAACAUAGAGUGCAUUACAGUAGUCGAGUCGAAGGGUUACCAGCAUAUGCACCACUGUUUUAAGGUCAUUUACCUCCAGAAAUUGUUGUAGUGGACUUAUCAGCCAAAGCUGAUUAAAAAGCGCUCUGUCCUGGCCACUAUCUCAACCUGGGAAACCGGUUUGGGAUCCAGGAGUACUCCCAAACUAUGUACCUGAUCUUGCAUGGGAACUGUAACCCUUUUCAGAACAGGCAGAUCUAAGCCACCUCUCGGGUCCUGACCCCACAGUUAGUACCUCCGUCUUAUUUGGAUUCAACUUUAGUUUGUUAUCCCUUUUACUAAUAAAGCCUGUUCUAUAUAUAUAGAGAGAGAGAGAGAGAAAGCACCCCUCUAUAUUUGGAACUACAAGCCUGUAGUUACCACUGCUUUGCACUCUGGAUCUAACAGGACCAGGAGAUCCCCACUUUGCUUCACCUGUAGCAAAAGGCAUGUCACUUUGGCACAUAGCUUGGGAGAAGGAAAUCUUAGGGCAAAUUAGAAGCACAGGACAGCAGGAGGACCUCCCCACUCUGUGGACCCCCGAUUACUCACAGGUAGGAAGCUGGAGUAGACAUGAUUUAAUCAAGAGCUAUUCAUUAAAGAAUAAAGUCAAGAUAGCACCUCUUCAGGAAGGACUGAUAAGGAAGCAAUAGGCCAUCUCCUUUACUAAUGAGCAUGUUAAUGGCUGACUGAGGGCCUCAGGAAGCUAGCUUGUUUACGUUUUAGCUACCCCUAGAUAUUUUGAAAAGAAUGAGAGAUAAAUUCUAAUGCAUUCAUUUUGCUUCUCCCUCUAUGGGUCCUUCCCUAGCUUUUGUCCAACUCCACUCUUCAAUUUUGAAUAGCACACUGGCACGUCCUGUACUUUGUCCCUUUUGCUCACCUUUGCAAGGUGCAUUUAGCAUAAUGCCCUUGGGCAAGAAUUUCCCUAUAACUGGCUAGGACACCAUCAAUCCGUGUGCUUUCUGUGUCUCCUGGGAUCUGCGUGUCACUCGUGUCCCUGAUCCAGGUGGUUUUCCUUGGAUCCACCAUCUUUUCCCACCAGGUGGUUUUUUUUCCCUCGGCUCCACCAUCUUUCGCCUCCAUCUUUGCACAGGCACCUCCAUUUUGCCCUGCCUUGACUCUUGCGACUGCUUUACCUUUCACCUCCAGACCGGCCCUUUUUCUAACCUGGUCUGCACAGUACUGUUGGCUGCGAGAUUCUGGUUCAUUUUUGGAUUUUGCUGGGUUGAUGGGCCGCUGCCUGGUCCCCGGAUUUUCUCUCCCACCUGCCUGCCUAGUAGGAGAGAAACCUCUUGGUCAUGACCAAGCUGCAAGGGUUCACAGCAUUCCUCUGGGAAGGAGGUAGUAUAUAACCCCUAUUCUCAAAACUCUACUUUCCCUUUUCCUCCUAAAAUACAAAACUGUUGGUCUCUCUUUCGCUAGCCUUGAGUGAACUCAAUUAGGAAACUCAAGCCAAAUUGCUUCCUUGUGAGCUGUAACAUAGUCUUUUUUAACUUGUUGGUUUUGCUAGUUAAAUAUUGAUGCUCUUAAUCAGUAUUCUCUUCCUGUACCCCCAAACCCUUCAAUAAACCUCAUUUUAUUUUGAA